AACUUUUACAAAAUGCCGAUGAUGCGAAUGCAACAGAAAUGCGCAUACUGUAUGAAGGAAGAAUAAUUAACCCAGAGCGUAAAGAUGAGUCAGAAUAUUGUCAAUUCCUCAGAGCACCCGCUUUGGUUUUCUACUUCAACAAGACCUUAACCGAAGAUGAUUGGAGCGGUAUUUGCUCAAUUCAUGCAAGUGUCAAAAGGGACGAUCCCCUUAAGAUUGGCCGCUUUAGCCUUGGCUUUAAGUCUCUCUUUCACUUAACAGAUUAUCCUUGCAUCAUAAGCGGAGAUCGUGCUCUUUUCAUAAAUCCACAUACAAAAGCCUUUGAGAAGCUCUUUACGAUAGCGAAUUUGGAAAUCCUGACCGAGAUUCUUAAGAAAAAAAGAAUACAGAAACAGCAUAAUCAAUACCUUUGGGUUUGACGACGACACGUUGACAUCUGGGUUUUACAACGGUACCAUGUUCUGGUUUGCGGCAGCAUCUUUCGUCACUCUCUAAAAACACAUAUCCAGACGAAAAUGUUUACAACUUACUGCAUGCAUUUAUAUCAGAGUCAGAUAGAAGUUUGAUGUGUCUUAAGACACUAUGUAGCAUCAAGCUGUAUGUUGACAUGCCGGAUUGUGAUACUGGGCAACAAAACCAUUUUAAACUAUCCUUCAAAAAACUAAAUUCAAUGAACUUUGGUAAAGAAAAACCUUGCUUUAUCGUACAUAAAACCUUGCUUUAUCGUAGAUAAGUAAAAAAAUCAAACGACAUUGUGAAGGAACGAGCCUUUUUUCUUUCAGACCUUCAUUAUAUUGA